UGGUCGGUGUUUCUUAGAGCGUAUUUACAGAAAAUAAACGACAUAGUAUAAAGACUUCACCGUAAAGAAGUUGAAUUAUAAAAUAUGUUUAUUGCAGGUGACCUGAGCAGCGUGGAGAUCACGGCCCUGGACGUGCGUGCGAGCGGCUCCAGCGGCGUCCUCUUGCUCAUCUCCGCCGUCAACGUGGCGCGCUCGCCCGAGUCGCGCCUGGCCAUCGCUCACAUCUCAGUGGAAGACCCGGCGAACCCGCGCGUGACGUCACUGGUGCCUCUGCGGAGCUGGGCGCAGGACGCGGAGCAGCCGCCGCCGCGCUUCCUGCCGCUCGGGCCGCACGCUCUGCUGUACACGCCCACCUACCUCGCGCUCGUGUCCAGUGAGUGUACUGUUGUAAGGUACAGUGAGUGUCACAUCUCUGGAGGAGCCGGCCAGCCCGCGCGUGACGUCACUGGUGCCUCAGGAGCUGGGCGCAGGACGCGGACGUCGUCGUCUCAUCUCUUAUCAACCCGGUGUGACCUGAGCAGCGUGGAGAUCACGGCCCUGGACGUGCGUGCGAGCGGCUCCGAAGGCAUCCUCAUGCUCAUCUCCGCCGUCAACGUGGCGCGCUCGCCCGAGUCGCGCCUGGCCAUCGGUGCGUAUGAUAAUAGCAUAUUCAGUUAG